UAAAAAUGAAAAUUCGUCCUCCGGACUAAAAUAUAAGAAAUAAUUUUUGAAUUGUUCAGAAAAGGAAGAGAGUUACAUUUCUAGUCCGCAUCGACUAUAAUAUUAGGUUUUUAGAUAUCUGUGAUAAUAGUAAUACAACCACAUUCAUAUAUAAAUUUACUCAUUGUAAAAAUAACUCAUUGUUAGGAGUAAAGCUUAUUUAGACCGAAAAGUCUAGAGACAGUUUUAAAAAAGUGAACUCAGGAGAAAACCUCUGAAAAUGGCUGUGGCUCACUUAUUAGCUGCUACAGCUCUUAAAACUGUAGGAAUUGUUGGAUCUACGGUGUGGAUUAUACCGUUAAUCCUAGCCAGUUUAACCUAUUUAAACUAUAACAAAUUGGACCCAGAGUCUCCAGUUUAUAAUCAAAAAACCCUAUACAAAGAGUAUGACUUUGUGAUAGUUGGAGGUGGAUCUGCAGGAGCAGUGGUGGCAUCUAGACUUUCUGAAAUUGAAAACUGGAAAGUCCUACUUUUAGAAGCCGGCCCAGAUGAAAACGAAAUAUCGGACGUACCCUCGUUAGCUGCUUACUUACAGUUGUCCAAACUGGACUGGUCAUAUAAAUUGGAAAGUACUGGAAGAGCAUGUUUAGGAAUGAAAAAUGGACAAUGCAACUGGCCAAGAGGAAAAGUCCUUGGUGGAUCCAGCGUUUUGAACUACAUGUUAUAUGUUCGCGGACAUCGGAAUGAUUAUGAUCAUUGGGAACAGAUGGGAAAUCCCGGUUGGAAUUACGAGGAAGUACUAAAGUAUUUUAUAAAAUCAGAAGACAACAGAAACCCGUAUCUUGCAAAAACUCCGUACCAUGGAACUGGAGGACUUCUUACCAUUCAAGAAUCGCCCUGGAGAACCCCAUUAGUUGUCGCAUUUGUAGAAGCAGGAAUGGAAAUGGGAUACCCAAAUAGGGAUAUAAAUGGUGCCGAUCAAGCCGGCUUUAUGAUAGCGCAAGGAACGUUAAGAAGAGGCCAGAGAUGUUCCACAGCCAAAGCAUUUUUGCGACCAGUUAAACUAAGAAAAAACAUUCAUAUAGCACUAAAUUCGCAUGUCACCAAAGUUCUAGUCAACCCCACAAAUAUGAGAGCCUUUGGGGUGGAAUUUUAUAGAAACGGUCACCGCCAAAUCGUACUAGCAAGAAAAGAGGUGAUUUUGUCUGCAGGUUCCAUUAACACUCCUCAGAUAUUGAUGUUAUCAGGAAUCGGACCCAAAACAGAGCUAAAAAAGCACAACAUUCCAGUUCUAAAGGUGGGUAGAAACUUACAAGACCAUGUUGGAAUGGGAGGUCUUACUUUUAGAAUUGACAAGCCAGUAUCCAUAGUCCAGGACCGGUUUCAAGCAUUCCCCAUGACAAUGCAAUACAUUCUUAACGAAAAAGGACCAAUGACGACUUUGGGCGGCGUUGAAGGACUAGCUUUCGUUAACACAAAGUAUGGAAAUCGAUCAUGGCCAGAUAUCCAAUUUCACAUGGCACCGGCCAGUGUGAACUCAGAUGCAGGAGCUCGAGUAAGAAAAGUAUUAGGUCUAACGGACGAACUAUACAACGCAGUCUACAAGCCAAUAGCCAAUCAAGACGUUUACACUUUAAUGCCUCUACUGCUGAGGCCCAGAAGUCGAGGCUGGGUGAAGCUAAGAAGCAAAAAUCCGUUUGAUGCUCCACUGAUAAAUGCUAACUAUUUCCACCAUUCGAUAGACAUCAACACUCUUGUGGAGGGAGCAAAGAUUGCAAUAAAAAUUAACGAGGCAAAAGCUUUCAAAAAGUUUGGUAGCCGAGUACAUGUGAUUCCAUUUCCCAAUUGUAAGCAUUUUGAAUUUGCCUCUGACAAGUAUUGGGAGUGCCAUAUCAGAACGAUUUCAAUGACUAUCUAUCACCCAGUUGGCACAUGUAAAAUGGGGCCUGAAUGGGACGAGGAAGCCGUGGUGGAUCCUCGAUUACGGGUGUAUGGAAUUACAGGAUUGCGAGUAAUUGAUGCCAGUAUCAUGCCUACGAUUCCAAGUGGAAAUACUAAUGCUCCAGCUAUAAUGGUAGGAGAAAAAGGAGCUGAUCUAGUCAAAGAGGAUUGGUUGAAUAAUUAUUCUCAUGACCGGCAAGGCUUUUGAUUUCAUCAAUUCAUCGUCAUUCGUCAUUCAGUCAUUCGUCAAUGGAUCGAUGAAGUAUGAUAUUUUCCAUUUAUGUUCGAUGUAAAAGCUGAGUAUGAUAAUAAAAUAAUAAUUGACGGUUAAUACUAAACUGAAGCUUUGUCUACAUAUGAAUUAAUUGGUCCACAAUUGUAAUAUUGAUGAUUUAACUGAAGAAAGCAAAAGUUUUCCAAAUUGUAUACAGUAUCUGUAAAAACUAAUGGCUUUUUCGAGUUUUUAGGCCGUCGUUCGGUAGAACUCGGAACAAUGUAAGCGUUCAAGCAAACCACUUC